AUGACGGGCAAGAAGAAGACCAAAGGCAAAUCGAGGAAGAAUCCUAGUGGCCACUCUACCUUAUGUGCAGCAAAUGACCAGAAAUCGAGCUGGUUCUUCCAACUGCCGCAAGAGCUCCGAAUUUCGAUAUACGGCUACCUUUUCCUGAGCACCAGAGUCUCGCACGGCAGAAGACCAGUGAGAAGAAUUGCAGAGAUAAGAAUUACUCCUGCUCCUCAUUCCCUCGCAUUGUUGAGAACUUGCCGUCGCGUGAGAACUGAAAUUGGAGACAGCUGGCUUGGCCAGGUCCUGUUCAGCUUCGAAGACACCGAAACUAUGAUGGUAAAAUUGACGGCGCUUUCUAUGGCAACUCUAUCAAAGAUCCGCCACUUGCGGAUUCGAGGGGAGACUUUGAUGCUUUCUUUUGGAGAUGAGGAUGUCUAUUACCGCCUGGUCCACAUUCUGAAGCUUCUGCCUGGCUUGCAACUCGACACCUUUACCGUUCUCAAUAUGUACGACGAAUCCGUCAGCUACGAUGUCUUGAAUACUCUCAUAAAGUAUGGUGAGGGGUGGAAGGAGCUACGAUUUAUCUCCCACGGUUCAUCACUACUCGGAUACGCGCAGCCGCCUGACAUUUUCAACGACGAGCACUUCAAUGAGCGGUAUCAGCGCAAGCCACAGCCAGCUCACUGGGUCAGUGCCAUGAACAGCCGCGAUGGUAUCGAAAAUCAACCGUCAGUUACUAUUUAUCGAUCUACGCUGGCUGGCGAGGCCUGCUCCGUGAUUAACGAAGCAACGCGUGUGCUUUUCGAGCAGACGCCACCGGGAAAAGGUAAAGCAGCAGCCUUUGCAACGCAGGAAUAUGCCCCAAUCAUGUCCCGCGGGGAGAAGGCGAAGGAGCUUAUGGUGGUUGUGAAGCGCGGAAAAGGUGUCCACUAUCAGGAAAGGAAGCAGUCGCCUUAUCUACCCGUAAUUGGCGACAUCCGCAAAGAUUGUCCUCGCAUGACGUGGGCAGAAAUCCAGAAGAAAUACAUUGACUGCGAGGUUGAUGAUGGUUUCUUUUUCAGCGACGACGCGGAUGAUGGCCCGAAGAGCGUGGAUAUAUACGAGCAUGUUGACGAAUACGAAUGGACGCCGCUGAAUUUUGAUGCUAAUGCAUAA